CCUUUAACAUCAUUAAUUAAUUAAGCAGGUGCACUAAUAACCAACAUAAUGAUAAUGCUAUAAAUAAACUGGUAGGUUUCCGUGAGCCUUGGACGAUAUUGCAUCAGAAAGCUCAACACCAGCAUAUCAUAUAGUAUUGGAACUUGGAAGGCGACUUGGCAGCCACUGACAUCUUUCCUGAUGGAUGCUGAUACAUAUUGUCUUGAACAAGAGAAACCAUUGGAUGAUGAUCUCCACUUUGAACCCUAUCCAAACCUUGAAUCCCAUCCCGUUGAGGACGUUGCAGAAAGAUUGUCUCAAAGUGCAGCCAAAGGUGAAUGGAAUGAAGUCGGUAACAUAUGUCAAAAAGACUGGCUUUUAAAUGUUCCGAUCACCAAGUUAGGGGGCACGGUACUCCACCUAGCAGCGUACCAUAACCUAGAAGAUAUAUUUGAACUUCUUCUACAACAAUUAGCUCCCGGAAGUCUUCUCGCAAAAACUUGUUUAAAGAGGAAAAACUUCAAAGGAAAUACCCCUCUUCACUAUGCAGCAUCAGUGGGGAGUGUGAGGAUGUGUCGUAGCAUCAUAGAUAAAGCAGACUCAACAACAUUGCUAAGUGUUCGCAACAAUGAAGGCGAGACUCCUCUCUUCUCAGCAGUACUUCAUGGUCACAAAGACGCUUUCGUUUACCUCGAUUCUAUCUGCUGCCCCGAAGAAAUCUCCAAUUACUGGACAAGGAAAAAUGAUGACACUAUUCUCCUUUGUGCCAUCUCUGAAGAACACUAUGGUGAGUAUUUUCUUGCUUAA